AUGUCGAGCGCUGAAUCCAACCUCCCAUCGUAUCACCCAAUUGCCCGCUCACUCAAUGCUGAGAAGGAGACUUUGAGGCAGCAAUACCCUCCCGUGCAGGCCUACAAGACUGGCACCCUCAAGCUUCCCCCAACAGCGGAAAAGUCGAUCGAGCAUGAGAUCUACUAUGAACUAUCGGGAAAGGAAGGAGGCUAUCCCGUCGUCUAUCUUCAUGGUGGUCCCGGUGGUGGAAUCUCCGAAGGAGACAGAAGGUGGUUCGACCCUCAGCACUACCAGAUUCUCACUUUUGAUCAGAGGGGAUCUGGAAAGAGCACACCCGCUGCUGAGCUCGAGGGGAACACGACUUGGGAUCUAGUUGAGGAUAUUGAGAGGCUCAGAAAAGAGGUCAUGAAGGUCGACAAGUGGCACGUCUUUGGAGGCAGCUGGGGAUCGACGCUCUCCCUAGCUUACGCUCAGACACAUCCCGAGCGAGUCAGCGCCCUCAUCCUCCGUGGCAUCUUCACCCUGCGUCGUGCCGAGCUCCUCUUCUUCUACCAAGAAGGUUCCAGCUUUCUCUGGCCAGAACAAUUCAAACCCUUCUUGGAUCACAUCCCUACAGACGAGAGGGACGAUAUGAUUGCUGCUUACUACAAGAGGCUCACUAGUGAAGAUGCUCAGACUAGAUUGGAGGCAGCAAGGCGAUGGAGUACGUGGGAGAAUGCAACUAGUAAGCUCUACCUGGAUGAGGAGCACAUCAAGAAGGGAGACGACGACAAGUGGGCCCUUCAAUUCGCCCGCAUCGAGUCUCACUUCUUCCACAACCGCGGCUGGAUGCGCGACGGACAGCUUCUCGAAAAGGAGAGCAUUGCCAAGGUUGCUCAUAUCCCCACGGUAGUGGUACAGGGGAGGUACGACGUUGUUUGUCCAGCAAAGACGGCUUGGGAUUUGAGAGAGGUGUGGAUGCAGGCGCCCGGUGGCAAGGACACGCUGGAAUUCUUCCUCAUUCCCGAUGCAGGUCACUCGGCCAAGGAGCCCGGCAUCACAGACAAGCUCAUCUACGCCACGGACAAGUUCCGCUCCAUUACCUCUUGA